AAUAAUUACGAUAAUCUUGUAAAAAGAACUAAAUUUUUUAGGUGAAUGCGGAGCUAUAUUUACAUGUCGCAAAAUGAGAAAGAAUAAUAGAAAAGAAGUGACAUCUCUAGCUCCCAAGUCCAUGGACAUAUAUAUAUAUAUUUAUAUAUGUGUUGUUUAUAUUUUUGUGUGCUAAUUUUAUGAUAGAGAAUAAAGAUGGACAAUUCCAGAAGAAUUAGUAGCGAGCUACUACUACACGAACCCAUCUUAGGUGUGAAAUCAGGACCAGUGCCAAUCAGUUCUGAACUAGAAGACACCCUAUCAAACCCUGAUCUCUCCUUCUUCCAAAGACUCCGAUCAGCAACAUGUAUCGAACUCCGCACCCUCUUCCGCCUGGCAGCUCCCACUGUCUUCGUCUACUUACUCAACAACGUCACCUCCAUGUCCACCCAGAUCUUCUGCGGCCACCUCGGCAACCUCCAACUCGCCGCCGCCUCCCUCGGCAAUACUGGUAUCCAAAUCUUUGCCUACGGUCUCAUGCUUGGAAUGGGAAGUGCGGUAGAGACGCUAUGCGGACAAGCAUACGGGGCCCAUAAAUACGAAAUGCUUGGCAUAUAUCUACAACGGUCGACAAUCCUACUCAUGGCAACUGGGGUCCCACUCACAUUGAUAUAUGUGUUCUCUAAGCCCAUCCUGGUGGCGUUGGGAGAAUCGGAAGAGAUAGCGUCGGCGGCGGCGAUGUUUGUGUACGGGUUGAUACCACAGAUAUUCGCGUACGCAGCAAAUUUUCCCAUACAAAAGUUCCUUCAAGCUCAGAGCAUCGUGUUCCCGAGCGCCUACAUCAGCGCGGGGACGCUGGUGGUGCACUUGGUGCUGAGUUGGGUGUUGAUUUUCAAGCUUGGGUGGGGUCUGCUGGGGGCGUCGCUUAUGCUGAGCCUGUCGUGGUGGAUGGUAGUGGUGGCCCAGUUCGUCUACAUCUUGAUGAGUGACAAGUGUAAGCUGACGUGGCGUGGGUUCAGCUGGCAGGCCUUUAGUGGGCUUUGGGAGUUUCUUAAGUUAUCCUCUGCGUCCGCGGUGAUGCUCUGCCUUGAGACUUGGUAUUAUCAGAUUCUGGUUUUAAUUGCUGGUUUGCUUAAAAACGCUGAGAUUGCCUUGGACUCUCUCUCUGUUUGCAUGACAAUAUCUGGGUGGGUGUUUAUGAUUGCAGUGGGUUUCAAUGCAGCCGCUAGUGUACGAGUGGGGAAUGAGAUAGGAGCAGGUCAUCCAAAAUCAGCAUCAUUCGCAGUAGUGAUAGUAACAUCAAGUUCCUUCCUCAUUUCCUUGGUGUUCGCCAUCCUUGUGCUUGUGUUACGCCACGUCAUCAGCUAUGCAUUCACAGAUGGUGUCACUGUUGCUAAUGCUGUCUCUGACCUUGCUCCUUUUUUGGCUGUCUCUAUUAUCCUCAAUGGCAUUCAACCUGUCUUAUCCGGUGUGGCUGUUGGGUGUGGAUGGCAAGCUUUUGUGGCAUAUGUUAACGUGGCUUGUUACUACGUUGUUGGUAUUCCUUUGGGUGUACUUCUUGGCUUCACAUUCGAUCUCGGAGCUAAGGGAAUUUGGUCAGGGAUGAUAUGUGGCACUCUUAUGCAGACUCUUAUAUUAUUGUGGGUAACAUUUCGGACUGACUGGAAUAAAGAGGUUGAAAAGGCGAAGGCUCGUUUGGAUAAGUGGGAUGACUAGGUCUAGGAGAGCAAUAUUGGAUCGAUGUAACCAAUUUUCUGUAUAAUUGUAACAAAAUUAAUCUAUCCUAGACGACGUCUAUGUAGGUUUUUUUGUUUUUAUGUAUCGUAGUAAUAUAUUGGACGUUUCCUAGUAGACUAGAUUAUUAUGCUGGAUAUAUUUAUAGGAAAUUCCACCGUA